CAAACAAUAACAAGCCACGGCUACUUCCAGCGGCGUUUCGAUUCGACAUCAAAAAACGAAUCACGGCAUUGGUAAAACAAACGAAUGGUGAAAUGGCUACCAUAACGCUCCCCAGCGCGGACUGUACGAAGUUUUGCCGCUUCUGUCUGUCGGAGAUUAAUCUGCUGAACGUGAUCGGACCCAGCGCGGCCGAACAGGAAUCUCACGGGGAGUUGUUCCGGCUGGUGAAAACCUAUCUGAAGCUGGAGCUGGUUCCCGCCAAGGACUUCCCGAGCGCGGUGUGCGAGAUGUGUAUUGCGCUGCUGCACGAUUUCGACACGCUGUACCAGAACGUGCACGACCACCGGUACGCGCUGCGGCUGCUUCUGGAGACGCAGAAAAGCGAGGACGUAGAGUCGUCGAUUCCGGUGAGCACGAUCGAACCGAACCUGGUGGAGGUGUACGAACCGCCGCCGGUGGUGCUGAUCGACACCGGGAAUAACGUGGUGGAGGUGAACACGGACGAUCAGAUUGUGCUGGAGGAUGGCAGUGUGGAGGGCGAAACAAACGAACAGGAGGAGGCACAGAUCGACGUGUACCAUGUCGAUGGUCAGCUGCAGCACAUCGUCAUGGAGGGUGGCACUUACAUCGAUUUACAGCCUUACCGGCCACCGAAACCAGCACCUAUACCAAUCGCAACACCAGUUCCACGUUCACUACGUACUAAUAAUGUACUGAACACUUCCCUCCCGAACCGCGGUUCGCAGAUGCAGAGUAGAAAGCGAACCAACGCAGCGAAUGCAACUACUGGGGCGGCUCAUUAUCCUAAAAAGUCCACGCCAGCCUCCUAUCAACCGGUUCCGCCCACCCGGAUGCUGAACGGAGAACCGGCCAGCCAGCGCCCAUCGUCGUCCCAGAUACAACGACCGAAAGUGCAGCAGCUCGACACGGCCGCUGCUCCGACGAACCAUCAUCUGUACCGUUGUCCCGCCUGCGGCAAUCUGUUUGUCGAGCUAACCAACUUUUACAACCACAGCUGCACGAAGGCACCCUCGCAGGAUGGUGUCGCCUUUGCCAGCAGCAACAGCCAAAGCCAACCGGCCCGGACGGCGGGCUCGGCCGUCACCAUCACGAGCGAGGGCCAGCGGUUUCAGUGCAACCUGUGCGACAUGUCCUACCGCACGAAGCUCCAGUACCAGAAGCACGAGUACGAGGUGCACAGAAUAAGCAAUGAAAACUUUGGCAUCAAGUGUACGAUUUGCCACAAGCUGUUCUCCCAGCGGCAGGACUAUCAGCUGCACAUGCGAGCAAUACACCCGAAGCCGGGCGUGAGCUUCGUGAAGAUUCUUUAAUCGAACGCUUUAGUAUUAAUUACCCCCCUUAGGGUACGUGUGUGUGUGUGAGUAAACUCAGCGGGGACAUGGCAACAGCGGUGUUCCGAAUUUCAUGAAUUGACGAAUAAACUUAACUUCUACGUAACACAUUAAA